AUGCGCGGGCGCCGCCGCGGCUGCGGCACCCGCCGCCGCGCUGCCGGUCACCAGCUCAUCGCCCCACGGUCAGAUAAUAGUAGAUCUUCCAGAUCCAUGGAUCUCUCACCUACUCCGUGGACAUCCGAAUUCCUUCACCCCCUCCCCCCGAUCUGCCCACGCCAUGUCCGACACGGGCGCCGGCGGCGACGAGGUCAUCCACGACGCCCCCGGCUUCAUUCGCGUCUACAAGAGCGGCCGCGUCGAGCGCUUCCUGCGGAUCGACUUCGCCCCGCCCUGCACCGAUGCGGCCACCGGCGUCUCCGCAAAGGACAUCACCAUCCUCCCGGGAGCCGGCGUGUCGGCGAGAGUCUACCUCCCGCCUGCCCCCGCCGGCGGCCAGCAGGGCAAGCUCCCCGUCCUCGUAUUCUUCCAUGGUGGUGCCUUCUGCCUCGGCUCGGCGUUCGACGCCGCCGCGCACGGCCACGCCAACCAGCUCGCCGCGCGGGCCGGCGCGAUCGUCGUGUCGGUGGAGUACCGCCUCGCGCCGGAGCACCCCGUCCCCGCGCUCUACGGGGACGCCUGGGCGGCGCUCCAGUGGGUGGCCGCGCACGCGGGCGGCCAGGGCGCGGAGCCCUGGCUGACCAACCACGCGGACUUCGGGCGCGUCCACGUCGGCGGCGAGAGCGCCGGCGCCAACAUCGCGCACCACGCCGCAAUGCGUGCUGGCGCCGAGGAGCUGGGCCACGGCGUGGAGGUGAGCUCGCUCGUGCUGAUCCAUCCCUACUUCUUAGGGGGCGACAGCUCCGAGUCGGACGAGAUGGGCAUGGCGUUGCUCGACGAGCUGGUGCGGCUUUGGCCGGUGGUCUGCCCGGGGACCAGUGGGUGCGACGACCCGUGGAUCAACCCGAUGGCGGAGAGAGCGCCCAGCCCGGGUGCAAGCGCGCUCUGGUAUGCGUUGGGGGCAAGGACGCCAUGAGGGGAAGGGGAAGGCUGUACCCUGAGAAAUUGAUUGGGAGUGGGUGGCAAGGCGAGGUGGAAAUCUGGGAGGCGGAUGGCCAGGGUCACGGCUUCCACCUCUUCCGGCCGACAUGCGCCCAGGCGGAAGCGCAGGUCGGCGUCGUCGCUGAAUUUCUGGGCCGCAGAUGA